AUGUCUGCGCUCGCCCGCCCGCCGGAGAACCAGGAAGUGCGGCCCAGCAUCACCGGCCGCAGCCCGGCCCUUCCCUUUGCCCCUGCGGCUCCUGGCCCCUGGCAGCCAGGGCAGGGAGUGCCCGGCUGCUGGGCCGCUGCGAGGGGGCACUGGGCUGCAGCCCAGCCCGGGGCAUCGUCUGGGGACAGCAGGUCUCCCCCUCUCCGGCAGCGAUGCCCUGCGCUCACCGCUUCCCUCCAGCUGCAUCACGUCCCCAUCUGGCCGGACCUCGCGCCCGCCCCAGGCCUGGCUGCAGAUCUGGCCUGGCUUCGGCUCCCAGCCAUGGCUCCUCUUCCGCCUUCUCCCUCUGAUGCGCCCCUGCGGCCCCAGCCCGGGCUCUUGUUGAUGUGCCCUCUCCAUCUCCCAUCGGGCGCUUUCGCAGCCCUCGGGGCCUGGCAGUGGCUUCGCUGCGGCGUACCAGCACCUCCUGCACAGCCUCAACCACAUCACCGCUCUCCACCGGGAGAGAUCCCCUCCUUGCCUCUCUUCUCCCACAUCCGAGGGUCCCUCCGUGGCCAUUCUUGGCAGCUCACAGCCAUGGCAUGUCCACCACGGCCCAGGUUCUUCUUGGGUCCCUGGCAUCUACAGCAGGGUCCGGUCUCUGCACGUGGCUGGCUCUCUCCGUGCCCAGACGAGCUGCGUGACCCUGCGCUGUGCCUGCCAGCGCUGCAGCCUGAGAGCUGCUCCUGGCAAGGUAGCUCCUAUGUCACAGCCCUGCAGCCUGAGUUCAACUCUAGCAAAAAAACCAUUAACUCGGGCGUGGAAAUAACUUUCAGCGAAGCAACGGAUGCAGUGUCAACACGCAGAAGACGGCUUGACACUGUUUAAUGAAUCUGAAAAAGAGAUGUCCACUUAGUGCUAAUGACCACAGGACUAAUGAAACAACAGCUUUUGAUUUUUUUUUUUGCCAAGUGUAUCGUGCUUUUUUUUUCAAUGCAAUAGAUGAAUUAGCAAAUUUAUAUUUUGCUUUUGUUCCACUCUUAAAUGGAAGAAUAAUACACUGAAUAAUAAGAGCCCUAGGCAAGCAGCUUA